GCUAGUUGGCAGGUGGGAUGGGGGGGCCCUAGCAGGGUAAAAGCGCUGCAGCCUGCAGGAGGGAGCUGAGGGCUCAGGAUCACACCACUGGCUCCUCUGCAGCUCCAGCUUCUCACUGUACAUCUGAGCAGGCCAUGACCGGGCCCCUGAGUGCCCCACUGCUCCUGCUGGCUAUCCUGGCCGUGACCCUAACUAUGACCCUUGCCAUGACCCUGGCCAAGAACUCCAAACGGGUGGGUGCCAUUGAGGAAGCAGAUGUCAAAGAUCAGGACAUGCAGCGGGCGCUGGACUUUGCCAUCCUCAAAUACAAGGAGAAGAGCAAUGACUCAUACUACAGCAGAGUGCGGCAGAUAGUGAAAAUCCUGCAGGAGGCCAUUGCUGAGAUGUACUCCUUCUACGUGGAGAUAAUCCGGAACACAUGUAACAAGUCCCAGCCCAACUUGGACAACUGUCCCAGCCAGGAGCAGCCAAAUCUGAAGACGGAAUAGCUCUGCUAUUUUUAGAUCUACAGUGUUCGCUGGGAGGAUUCAAUGACCUUGGUGAAAUCCAGCUUUAUGAAGGCCUAGGGUUCUGUGCCAGGCUGAGCUGCCCCACCCUUCUUCAAGCACACCUCACCCCUCCCUGUAGUGUUCCCUUCCCUGGGAUGAAGGCCCCGCCCUGGUGCAGGUCUCCUCCCCGCACCAGCACCAGGAGAGAGGCAAAUAGAGAAGGCUUCAGGAGGUCUUUGUUGACCAGCCAAGUGGCUCUACCUGCUCCUUUCUCCCUACUGCCUCUCAGACUCGCUGGUACCCCACGCUCUGCUCCUGCCUCCUUUAAUAAAAGAGUAGCAUUGGCUCCGUCUUGAGUU